CGACCAUUGCAAUUACAACGGCCACCUCCACGGCCAUCGCGAAUACAUAGCUAUGGUCGUGAUCGUGGGGAUACGCCAAAAUUGGAGCAAAAAAACUCAAAAAUAUUGGGACAACACGGAAUUGGACUGCAUGACGAUGAAUCGUAAUUAUUCAACAAUCGCUAAAUGGAUUGAAGAUAGAAAGAGAAAUUAUCCAACCGACGCUAAUAUUGCACGAAAGCAACAAGCAGAGGCUGAGAGGCUUGCACGAGGGCUUGUAAUAAAAGUUGAUAAAAGUGGAUCAAAACGUAAACUUAAGCAAGAGGAUGAUUACUCAAAAAGAAAAAUCAAUAGGCAUGAAAUAAACGAAUUCGGUGGCCCGUGUGGUGUCACGGAUUUGGUAAUUGCGGCUGAAGCUGCUGGAAUAACUCUUGAGAACAAUAAUAUACCUGACUUAAUUCCGGCUCAUAAGCUUACUUCUAGAAAUAAGAAAGAUACUUCUAAAAAUAUUAUCGAAAGGUUUUAUACCAAUAUCUGUAUUAAAUAUCGACCUGAAAAAAACGCAAUUUUGCAAAGUCUCAAAUAUAUUGUUGAUAACAAUUUUUUUGGAGUUGUUACAAAUGAUUCUUUAAAAAAUGCGAAAGGUCCUCUAAUCGAAGUAAUUGAUCAAGAUGUAUCAAAAAAAAAUAGGAUUUUGUAA